AUGCUUAACGAGAGAGAAUACACACACAAUGAAAAAAUACCAGAAGAAGGAGUAGAAACUAAACAUGGGAAAAAAUUUGUUAUGCAGAACUGUGGACUUUAUAUGAACAAAGUAAAAAAUGCAGGAGUUGUGUGUAACAGAAUUAUGGAAUUAAAUAUAAAUUCAAGAAAAAAAAUAUCAAAUAUAAAAAGUGAUAGUUCACAAAUGAAGGAUGUUUUAAAUCACGUAGAUCAUAAAACUUUAGAAGUUUUUCCAGCAAAAAAAUCACUUAUUUCUUAUUCGACUUAUGAUAAUCAACAAAAAUAUUUUGAAACAAAAUUAGUUCCAGACCUGCAAGGUAAAAUGAGUAUAUGUGUAGGCAGAAAAGGUGGAAGUGCAACUGUUAAUAUUAAUAUUGAUGAAUAUGAUUUAGAAAAAACAUAUCAUACAUGGAAAAAAAUUAUGGGGAAAUCUGCUCCACAUAUUAAAUCAAAUUUAGAAAAUGAUCGAUUUUUAACUGUAUCUGAAAAUGCAGAUAGAAGUGAUAAAUUACCAAUUGUGAAAAAUCGAAAUCCACCAUACGCAAAUCCUGAUGGUCCUUUUGAAAAAGAAAGAGUAAAUUUACCUAAACAAGCAAGGGAUAAUUUAGACAGAACAUUAACACCUCUAGCUAUUUGUGAACAAAAAAUUUCUUUAAAAAAAAAAAAUUGCAUACACAAAGAUUCUUCUAUUUUGUUGGCACCUCAUGGAGAUAUAAUACCAGACGAAAUUAAAGGAGUAAGAAGAACAAACUUUCCAUGGAUUAACUCAAAUAGGAUAAAAAAGAUAUUGAAUUAUAAUUAUGAAGAAAAAAUGGAACAAACAAUGGAAGAAAGAUCCAAAAUAGGGGAUACUAUAUCGCAAAAUUGGUUAGCUAGCCAAAAUAAAAAUUCCACCUUACAUGAUAUGUACAACGUUCAUGAGGUUAAUAAUGUUAAUAAUGUUAAUGAUGUUAAUAAUGUUAAUGAUGUUAAUGAGGUUAAUAAUGUUAAUGAGGUUAAUAAUGUUAAUGAGGUUAAUAAUGUUAAUGAGGUUAAUAAUGUUAAUGAUGUUAAUGAGGUUAAUAAUGUUAAUUAUGUUAAUGAGGUUAAUAAUGUUAAUAAUGCUAAUAACUCUAAUAACUCUAAUAACUCUAAUAACGCUAAUUACGCUAAUUACGCUAAUUACGCUAAUUAUGCUAAUAACAAUAAUAUCAAUAAUAUCAAUAAUAACACUAAGAACGCUAACGAAUUUCAGGAUAUUCAGGCAAAUAAGAAAAAUGCUGAGGGGGGUGAAUACAAACGAGGAGGAGCAUAUGAAGAAAUUAAUUACAAUAUUUCCAACCCUGAUCCACAUGGAAAAAAAUACGAACAAAAUGCUUCUUCUAACUUUUACAAUACUGACUAUAUGCCACUAAAUAAUACUUUAGUAGGUAGAGGACAACAAUAUGACAAUCUUGAUAAAUAUAAACCUGAUAUAAAUUAUUCGAAUAUGUAUAAUAAUGUUACUCAACAGAAUUAUAUACACCCAAAUUUUGAAUGCGGACAAAAUUUUGAGAACAAGCAGGAUUUAAAUUCCCUACAUAAUAAAAAGACCUCUCAUUUUGGGAGCCCUGCCAAAAAUGUAAACAGUGUAAACAAACUUUAUUUUAUGAAUGAGGAUCCUUGUAAUGGAGCAAGAGGUCAUCACAAUGAAGAAAACUUGUGUUGCAAUAGUUGUAACACAUAUGCAUAUAAUUCACUAUAUGACCAAAAGGGGAAAUCCAAUGAGCAGUAUAUUUCUUACAGAGCCCCAUCACUGACUGAAAUACCUUAA